CUUCCCCCGCACCGAAAAACCCGCCCCUCUCCCCGCACGCCCCUUAACGCGUUUCCAACGACUUCAUUCAUUCGGAAUAUAAUAAAAUCUCUACGAAUUGCGCGUGCGAUGGGGUUUCUAACGUAAGUACAGGACGGAACUUAUUCUCAGGCAGGAGAGCAGGAGAGAGCUGCAGAUUUUUUUUCCCCCAGUGGGGGAAAAUCUCCGAACACACACCCAUUCGGGCAAUGCUCGCUUUCCAGUCUGACAGCCUGGCUCUCUGAGGCUCUGACAAUGACGAAGAAAUCGGCCAACGGGGACCUCUCUCGCUCUCCGUCGCAGGAGAAGAAGAAGCCGAAGGUGGGUUUCGUGGGAGUGGAUGCCAGCGGCGCGGAGACGAGUCGGGACGGCGCGCUGCUGAUCGGGAGCGGAGAGAGCGCGCGCCGGAGCUCCAGCGGCAGGAUGGGGCUGUACAGAGCGCGAGCAGGCUUGGGCGGCGCGCGCGGGACUCACCGACGCAGCGCGGGCUACCGGAGACUGCAGAAUUUCCUCUACAACGCACUGGAAAGACCUCGAGGCUGGGCGUUCGUCUACCACGCUUAUGUUUUCCUGCUGGUGUUCUCCUGCCUUGUCCUGUCUGUGUUUGCUACCAUUAAAGAGUUCAAAAACAGCUCAGAGAAUGCCUUAUACAUUCUGGAAAUUGUGACCAUCGUGGUGUUUGGUGUGGAGUAUAUAGUGCGGCUCUGGGCUGCUGGCUGCUGCUGUCGCUACAGAGGAUGGAGAGGGAGGCUGAAAUUCGCUCGCAAGCCCUUCUGUGUUAUAGACAUCAUGGUGCUGUUUGCCUCUGUGUCUGUGCUGGCUGCUGGCUCACAGGGCAAUGUGUUCGCCACCUCGGCCAUCCGCAGUCUCCGGUUCCUGCAGAUCCUCCGGAUGCUGCGCAUGGACCGUCGGGCAGGCACAUGGAAACUACUGGGAUCUGUGGUCUAUGCGCAUAGCAAGGAGCUCAUCACUGCAUGGUAUAUAGGCUUCCUCUGUCUCAUCCUGGCCUCUUUUCUGGUGUACUCAGUAGAGAAGGAUAAUAAUGCAGAGAUGUUUGAGACCUAUGCUGAUGCUCUCUGGUGGGGGCUGAUCACUUUGACCACUAUUGGUUAUGGGGACAAGUUUCCUGUCACAUGGAAUGGACGCCUGAUCGCCGCAACCUUCAGCUUAAUUGGCGUGGCUUUCUUUGCUCUCCCAGCAGGUAUUCUGGGUUCAGGCUUUGCUCUGAAGGUCCAGGAGCAGCACAGACAGAAGCAUUUUGAGAAACGCCGGAACCCUGCUGCAAGCCUUAUUCAGGCUGCCUGGAGAUUCUAUGCAACAAACCUUUCUCGAACAGACCUGCUGUCAACCUGGGAUUUUUACGAGCAGACAGUAUCUGUUCCAAUGUACAGACUGAUCCCUCCUCUCAAUCAGCUGGACCUCUUGCGCAGUCUGAAGGGCAAGUCUGGAUUCAGGAAGGACUCACAGCCUGAAGCUUCUCCCAGUAGUGAGAUUUCACACAAAGACCCCCUCUGUGGGUGUUGCCCGAGAAGCAAUAGCCGUAAGUCAAGCAUAAAAGAGAAAGCAUUCCCCAGCCCCUCAAAGAGUGCAGGGGGAAAGGAGACCAAAUCACCUGGAGCAGACGAGGGAGCGGCAGAAAGUCCUAGCAAGGUGCCAAAGAGCUGGAGCUUCACUGAGCGUAACCGCUCCAAACACUCCUUUAAGAUGAAAGAGGGUCGGACCUCAGAAGAAGCGAGUCUUCCUGAGGACUUUGGCGAUGAUAGAACAUAUGAAUUUCUGCAAGAUAUGUCUCCUGCACUGAAAGCCACCAUAAGGGCAAUCUGUAUCAUGCGUUUCCUGGUGUCUAAGAGGAGGUUUAAAGAGAGCUUGAGGCCAUAUGAUGUAAUGGAUGUGAUUGAGCAGUAUUCAGCAGGCCAUCUGGACAUGCUGUCUCGCAUCAAGAACCUGCAGUCCAGGAUAGAUUUGAUUGUGGGCCCCCCACCCCCUUCGACCCCUCGCCAUAAGAAAUCGACCGAUAAUCGGGUGGACCAGAUAGUGGGGAAGGGAGUAUCAUCAGGGGAUAAGGAGAAACCCAAGAGUGAUACUGCUCAGGAAAAUGACCCCAGCAUGAUGGGCCGAUUUCUCAAGAUGGAGAAACAGGUGGGUGCGAUGGACCGCAAACUAGACUUCUUGGUGAAUGUAUACACCACACGCAUGGGUAUUCCACGCUCUGAAACUGAGGCUUUGCUGGGUUUCAAGAUGGCUGAUCCAGCACCACCUUACCACAGCCCAGAAGACAAGAGUGAGAAGGUGCCGGACGAAAAAGAAGAAAAGAAGAGCCCAGAGCCCAGCCCGACUGGGACGCCCGCCAACAGCAUGUGCCGCCCAUCCACAUCCUGGCAUCAGCAGAAUGAGCAGCCGCUCAAUGUACCUCUUUGGAAUAACAGCCGUGGGGCAUCACCGGGCACUGAUGACCCAUCACUUUACCGCAUCCCACCUCCACCAUCACAUGAGAGUGGGGAGGGUGGACACCAAAGGCGACACAGACGCACACGGCCUAACGCAGGCGUUGACAGUGACACAUCCCUCUCCAUUCCUUCAGUGGACCAUGAGGAGUUAGACCGCUCAUUCAGUGGCUUCAGCAUCUCACAAGCCAAGGAGGAGGAUUUCCUUCCUCCAGUGAAUCUUGGACUGUUUGGAGGCGGAAGAGGAAUGGCCUUCUGUACUCGUAUCAGACCCUACUUGGCUGAAGGGGAAUCGGACACAGACUCAGAUCUUUACACACCUGGUGCUCCCUCACCUCUAUCAUUUACAGGGGAGGUGGCAUUUGGAGACAGGGGCUGGCCAGGUCUGAAGUAGAA